ACAAGAUGGCCGCCAACCCAGCGCCGCUGCGGUGCAUGACCACCAACCCCGCACCACGAGGCAAGAUGGAAGCCAGCAUCACCCCACAGUGCAAGAUGGCUGCCAGCUCAGCACCAACGCCCAGGAUGGCCGCUGACACCCUUCUCUAUUACUUCGAGAUGCUAUCAAGGAUCCUAGAUGUUCCCAAGACGGUUCACGUCAUGGCUGCUGAGCUAGAGCCACAGCACAAAGUGGCCGCCAGCCCAGCGCCACAGCACAAGAUGGCUGCCAGCCCAGAGCCACAGCACAAGAUGGCUGCCAGCCUAGAGCCACAGCACAAAAUGGCCGCCGGCCCAGCGCCACAGCACAAGAUGGCUGCCAGCCCAGAGCCACAGCACAAGAUGGCCACCAGCCCAGCGCCACAGCACAAGAUGGCCGACUCAACGCCUGAGUCUCCAGACAAGGUGCCACCGACUCGCCAUCAUAGAGGGUGGAGGAGGAGGAGACAGGCGCCUACCGUUCCUCAAAGCCAGGAGGACGUUCCCGAGCGGGCCGCUGCCGUCCAGGAGGACGUUCCCGAGCGGGCCACUGCCGUCCAGGAGGACAUUCCCGAGGCGGUGCCUGAGGCCGUUCCGGAUGCCGAGGCAGUGACCGAUGCCGUUCCGGAGGCCGAGGCGGUGACUGAUGCAGAGACGGCCCAUGCCAUCGGCUGUUCUAUGGCUGCUAUGGUCUCUACGAAGAGACAUCUGUGGCUGAACCUCACGGGCAUCAGGGAGAGGGAUCUAGCUUUCCUUCUUGAUGCCCCUGUCACACCUUCCGGCCUAUUUGGCGUUGCUGUCAACACUGUCGCCACUAGGUUUUGGGAGGUGAAACGCUAUGAGGAAGUGUUUGUGAGGUUCCUCCCCCGCCGUGCUCAAGCGUCGGGACCGUCAGCCACCCAGUCCCGACCAAGUUCGGUUUCUCAGCACUUCUCAGCCCGCCUCUAA